GGGCCGGUUUCAAUGGCAGACCGGCCGGGUUUAUCCUGUCCAAUGAUCUGAUCUGUGUGAUCCGACCGGAGGGUUACGCGACGGCCAUAUAACAAGUAGAGAGAGAAACCGUAGGAAAGAGAGAAAUGCUCCGUAGUUCGCAUUAAUAUUCACUCUCAUUUCUGAUAUUCUGGGUCCUUAUACUCAUCAAGAAUUGAAGUUCAUUUCAGCUACUGAAUGUGAUGGUUGAUUCUUGGUUUUAGUUUCUUGUUCACUGCGUCUGGUUUUGUGCUUACAACUGUGUUGCUUUGUUUUUUAUUUUGUUAAUAAAUUUUGGGUUGUGGGUUGUUCAUUACCAUUUUGAUUGAAACCGAUUCAGACUUUGAGAUCAGAACAAAAAGCCCUUUUCUUAAUGACUUAUUGAUGCAAAAAAAGAUUCAUUAUUUCAUCUGCUGUGCGUGUGAAUGAGUAGUUAGUUCCGCGAGUUAGUGCAACAAAUUGUUUGACAAAGAAACAAAUGAAGAAAGUUGUAGUUUUGCUUUCCUGGACUGAUGGCAUUAGUAAUGUCUAGUUCUGCUGCACUAUGGGUUCAUACAAGCACUAUGCUGAAACUGACCUCCUGCUUAUGCUUUGGUGCCUGGCACAUCUCGUGCUAUGCACAACUAGUUUUGGGGUUGGCUAUGGCAUUUCCUCUCCCACCUGAACUUAGAUUAGAAUCAUACAUCUAAUGCAUUUUCCUGCACGUUUUUAUAGUGAAUGGAGAGCAUAUUAUGAUCUGUCAAUGACUGCAAAUGCCCAUUCUUUAUACGGGUCAUAUUGGACAAUGAUGAAAUGCAGAUUGAUUCCAUAAAAGAUGAAAUUAGCACAAAGAAAUUUAGUGAAGUUGAUCUCUUAUGAUUGAUGAUAUGGUAGACACAGAAUCUUCAGGUUCAUGCUAAAGAGGGCCUUCUCCUGUUCUUUUUUAGUUUAGUUCAGUCUUUUAGCAUGUUGGCUCUUCCAUUUUCCUGCUCAUGCCCUUUCUACCUAUUUAUAGCCAUUGGUGACCAAGACCUCUCUUUUCGAGCACCAAGCAGUGUGCAAUUAGUUUUUGGAGAUUUUUAACCUUGUUCCUGGAUUGUUAUUGCAGUUGUCUUCGUUAUUUUACUCCUCAAAGUUACUUAAGGUAGUUUAUUUGACAUCACUAUGACACUAGAACCCCAAAUUAUCUCUGUCUGUUGUCUAUUUUCAACUGCAGGUUACAAGGUCUAGAAGUUGGCUUUCAAUGAAAUCAUUUGCCAUUCAGCGUUACUUGUAGUUCCUGGCUUGCUGGGCCAUGUUGCCUUGUAGCAACUGAAUUUACAGAAGACAGCCUUUUUAUCUCAGUUGCAUGUGUUCAACAAUUUUUGGUAGAUAGUUUAGAGCAGGUUUGUAGUUCAGGGCAUUUAGACAACUCUCCCUUCUCAGAGGAAGAACCAAGACUUAUAUUCCAUAUACAUCUUAACAAAGAGGGAACUAACAUGCUAGCAGCCUCCCAAAUUCGCCCGGUUAUUCACAUCUCUGACAGACGUAGCUCUAUCAAUUUAAGUUGUCCAGCAAAGAUUACUUCCUUGAGCUUCAGGCACCUUAUCCAGAAAGUUUAUUUUUCUGAGGCGGCAAAGACUCGCAGGGUUUUCUCUCCUGUUAAACAAAGCAAGCUUUUUGUUCUGGAUAGAGAAGAUGGUCACCCAAGUGCUUCAGUGUCUGAAGAAGAAGAAGCAACUGAAAUUCCACUACCGAAUAAUGAAUCAAGCACAUUCCUGAGUAAAUGGUCACCUCCUAAGUACUUAUGGAGAGGUUUAUCUGUUCUUGUUUUGACAGGGCAAGUGAUCACUAGGACCAUAAAGGGCAAAAUUCACUGGAAAAACACUCUCCAACAACUAGAGAGAGUUGGGCCUAAAUCAGUUGGUGUCUGUCUCCUGACAUCAGCUUUUGUUGGCAUGGCGUUCACUAUCCAAUUUGUGAGGGAGUUUACCAGAUUAGGACUGAAUAGAUCUGUUGGUGGGGUUUUGGCCCUUGCCUUUUCAAGGGAGCUGAGUCCCGUUGUCACAUCAAUCGUAGUUGCUGGACGGAUUGGAAGUGCCUUUGCUGCAGAAUUAGGCACAAUGCAGGUGUCAGAGCAAACCGACACGUUGAGGGUUCUUGGCGCAAAUCCUGUGGAUUAUCUGGUAACCCCGAGAGUGCUAGCUUCAUGUGUUGCCCUUCCAUUUUUGACUCUGAUGUGUUUUACAGUAGGGAUGGCAUCAAGUGCUCUCCUAGCUGACAGUGUUUAUGGCAUCAGCAUCAACAUAAUCUUGGAUUCUGCUCAAAGAGCUCUUAGAUCAUGGGAUAUAAUUAGUGCAAUGAUAAAGUCGCAGGUCUUUGGCGCAAUAAUAUCAGUUGUGAGCUGUGCAUGGGGUGUUACGACAUUGGGAGGUGCCAAAGGCGUCGGAGAAUCAACUACGUCGGCAGUGGUUGUCUCUCUUGUCGGGAUUUUUAUUGCAGAUUUUGCUCUCUCGUAUUGCUUUUUCCAGGGUGCUGGAGACUCGUUGAAGAAUUGCAUGUAAUAAUUGACUAAACUGAGUCUUUGUAGUCCACAGUACCACCCUUUUUUGCCAGAAUAGAAACUCUAAUCAUCAAAAUAUGCUAUUCAGAAUUGGAAGUCAAUUUCAGCAGACCAAGUUAUCUGUAGCCCUGUUUUUCCGACUCAUUCAGUUCAGCCUUGGAAAUGACCAGUCCAUUAUCAUGGUUUAUCCUGGAAGAUCAUGCUGAGAAGUGGGCAGAGAUAUUAUAAUCACCACCAAAUACAAUCUUCUGACUAUAUAAUUGAGCAGUACACUGGAUUAUGUGCCAAAUACAGGAAAUUCAGCCUAGUCAAGACACCUAAACAUCUGGUUUUCAAAAGAAGGCAAGUGAAAUGGCAUUCACCAUAAAAAAUCGAAAAAGAGGUUAAAUGGAAUUGGGCCAAAAAUGAAACUUACAAUAUAGUAACUUGACCUGCCAACACUAUUAAUUUGGAGAGCUUUGCUGUAAUUGUAUGGAGAAACCAUCAGAGCAUAGCAUGGUGCGAUAGCUGAAUGACCUAGACCAAAUGAAUGCAAGACCUCAUAUUUUAGUAAACUAUGUUCAUAUCCCCACGCGCAAUCUGAGAAUUCUUUUCCAUAAACUGGCAGUGUAUAAGCUGUACAAGCCUUCAGCCUUCAAAGUCUUUACUUCCACAUGGUGAUUUCUAGCCCAUCCAUAACUUCAACACUUUAUCCUUGCCACCAGAUGCUACUUUCUCACCAUCUGGACUCCA